AUGAUGCGCUACGUGCUGUGUAUCCUCGCUCUCCUGCUCUCCUGUGCGUGUGUGCACGUCCUCGCUGAAGAAGUGCCUGCCGCCGAUCUUUCCGACCAAGUCCCUGAUACGGAGAGUGAGACAAAGAUUCUUCUUCAAGGUACUCCGUGCCCUACUGCUGAUGCUCCUGGUAACUGUAAUCCUUCUGGUGCGGAAGCUGGACAUGGUGGUGAUGGUUCUUUGGAGUGCAAUUCUGAUGCUCCUGAAGGUUCUGAAAGUCCCAACCCAUGUGUGAAAAAGCCCGAAGCUCCUGCUAGAGUACCUGAGGCACCAAAAGAAGUUGUUCCUGAGAAAAAAGUACCGGUUAUUCCACCUAAAAAACCCGAAGCUCCUCCUGCCGCAGCACAUGAUGUUCAAAGUCAUCAUGGAGAUGAUCGUAUUUCUGGUCCUCGUGACGGAACUGCUGAAACGGGUGACGCAGGUGUUCGUGGUCAAGUGGGUGAGAGCGGCUCUUCUGGUACUUCUGCUGGUACUUCUGGUACUGGUGGUAUUCAAACACAUGCCGAAUCUGCUGAACCUAGGGCAGAUGUCACUGAAGCUGAUGGUGCAGAUGAAGUGCAAACUGAAGGGGACGGCAACAAUACAGCAGAUGAAAGUGCUGAUAGCCAAGGAAGUGGAGCACCACAAACUUCUUCUACAACCAUUACAGAGGCAAGGAAUGCCACUGAUGCUGAUACUACAGCGUCUGAGAGCGGCACUACACCUUCACAAGACGUUGCAAACCCAGAAGGGGGUGAAUCAACCAGUGGUGAGGAAUCAGCCUCAAACACCACCACCACCACAACCACAACCACAACACUUCCUCCUGAACUCACAAACAACAAGAAGGGUGAUGCAGACAGCAGCAGUAGUAUCAGCAGUUCUGUGUGGGUGCGUGUACCACUACUGAUUGUGGUUACACUGGCCUGUAUUCUUGUGUGCUGA